AGUAGGAACUUCACGAACAAGCAGUUUAAAAGAGUGCAGUGAAUCCAGUCAAAAGUGUGUUCCCAGAAUUCAUGGUACGGUGUUGAGAAGACAGUGGGAACAAUGCACUCGGGCUCGUGGCAGUUGAAUUCGUAUCGCAGUGAUGCGGAGGAUUCUUUCGCGGGAUCGAGAAUUCAAUUUCCUCGACUGGGAAUUGACCAAACGAGGGGACCGAUUGGUCGGCAAAUGGAACGCGUUAUGAUUUCCGAAAGAAGUUUGGAUGACAGUGUCUCGAACAUGCUACACCCCUGCGAUGCUCUAUUUCAAAAUUUCCACGACGCAGUGAAAGAGCUUUCGUCGAGCUUUUGUAUUUUGCCGCUGUUGGAGAAAUUUGUCAAGUUUUGCGACGAUGCGCUGAAGCAACUGCGGUCUUCGCAUUUUCGCGUCGCCAUUUCUGAGCAAGAGAGUCGCUCUUUAUCCGAAAUUGAAAACCACCUGUUGAAAGAGAGAGCAGUUUGGCGCUUGCUUCGAUUGCUCAUUGGUGAGCAAAUGGAUUUGGAGCGGCCUUCGUGUCCGACUGAGUUCAGGGUGGAUGAAUCUACCUUGCUCGCAAUGAAGGCGACACUCGAUGACACUGGUCUAGAUGCUGAUCUACAAAGCCUCGAGUACGCGAGUGAAAAAAUGUAUGUUCAUCAUCGCUUUCUGGUUGACGCCGACGUGCGAAAAGCGCACAAUAUCGUCAAAUGGCUGGAGGAGUGGAAGAAAAUCGCGAGUCCCGAGAUUGAAAAUGAGCUUCGUUAUUUUGCAAACGCGGGAGUUCUAUGGGAAAGCACCCUUGUUUAUCUGAAGGCGUUGAAAGCGUCAAACGAAAUCAUAUCCGAAAUGGAUCCAGAUGCCCCGUCACGUCAGAAGAAAACUCCUUUGGCUCAGGAUCUGGAUGACCAAAAGAAGCUGACUGGUCUUCUAGUCCACUUCUUGAGAACGGGAGAACUUACUUUGUAUGAGAAGCUCUGUCAUUACGUUGGUCAGCCAUGGAGGAUGUCGGUGUUGUUGGGCAGCGAGUACUGUCAUGAUCCGAAUUACUACAAUGUUGAUUCCACUAUUUUACUCCCUGUGGAAGGGAAUCCAAGCCGUGUUGGUUGGAAAGCUGCGACUUUUGCCGCAGCCGAAGACGUCAAGGUUUUCGAGGGGGAUCGUUUGCUUUGUGCCAUUGCUUCGGGCCAUCUGCACGAGGUGCUUGGUUUCGUAACGAACUGGGAAGACGCCGUUUGGUCGUAUUUCCGAUGUCUGCAGGACCAGAUUUUGGAGAAGGAGAUCGAGGAGAACGUUUGUUCGGAAAGUGCGGAUUUCCAGCUGCCCAGCGCGUAUUGGAAAAAUAAUUUUUCUGCCAAGUCGAUCUUCGCGGAAAUUGAGGCGUCGCCCAAGCUGCAAAUCCGCGAAGAAGCAGCGGAUCCCAUGCGUCUUCUGAUGAAAGCGUUCAUUUUGAACGACGCCGAAUCGUUUGCUUGCUUGCAGAAAUUCAGUGAUCUUGCUCAAGAUGCUCAAAUGAAGCGGUUCCUGGCUCAUCUCGCCAUAUUGCUCAAGUCGACGGGAAUGGGAAGCUUUGUGGACAGAGCAUUUAUUGACGCUGCCUUGGCAGAUUACCUUGAGGUGCUUGUGUCUCAUGGAAGCGUAGACCAGGUGUUGUUCUACAUCACGGCCAUGUCGACGGAGCAGCGGAAAGAAGAUGCGCUGAGUCAGUUCAUGAAGAAAUUCUGCGGAGGAUCAGAGUCGAGGCAGUUGCUGAUUCGGUCUGCUGAACAAUUGGGACUGGAUGGACGAGAGGCGGCGAGACGAGUGGUGGAGGAAACUCGACGGGAUUGCAGAGCUGAGGCCGGUGUCGACUCGCUGCUACAGAGACAAGCCCCCGCUGUUGAUUUCCUGCGAGUCUUUGUCGGGCUGAAGGUCGUGGAGAAGGAUUUGGAGAGGAUAAGUGCUUUGGACUGGAUAAUUAUGGAAGAUGAUGAUCCGUUGCGAGCUGCGAAAGAAGUGAAUGCUCUGGCGCGGUGUUUUCUGCUGCAGAAGAACGUUCGAGCUGCCAAGUUAUCUUUGGACAAGCUGGCUUUGUCUGCUGCCGAAUGUCUGUCUCCGAGGACACGUGGGACAGGAACUAUGGACAACACUGCUGUCAUUAUUUGCGAAGAAGAAAACCAUUUGCGGGAGUCCGAAGCUCUACAGUUGCUUAUUGUUGCAUUUGACGAAUACGAAGCCUGGUCCCACACUGUCAACGUAGUCGUUGGGCCAACACCGGCCGAGGACAAUUACGACAAGUACAGCACGCACAAGCACGCCAUUUUGGACGUGCUCCGACGCAUUGUCAACUUCCGCUUUGGCUGGCUCGAAGACCGCGUGUCUGAUGAUGACAACAAUAACGCAGAAACGGAUGGUGCUGGAGACGAGGAGGAGGAGGAAGAAGACGAGGAUGCGAAGACCAGAAAGGCGGAGCUGGUUGCAGUCAAGAAAGUGUACUUCCCCGUGGUUCUGCGCAUGUUCACUGAAGUUUUGUCCAAACAGUAUCCCGGUGUGGAAGCCAGCAACAAGAACGAGGCGCUGAAAAACUGCGAUGUCAUGUGGGACAUUGCCAUUUCCUUUCUGCACGUCAACGAUCUUUUCCAAUACGUGUCCUUGGAAAACCUGGAUGCCUUUAAAUCUAGCUUGAUCUCGAAAGCUGUGGAAGUAGGGAACCUCAAUUGUGGCUUUUUCGGCUUCGGCGAAGACGUGGAAGCCGAGUUGUUUGAUUGGCAGUCCAAGCAGAAAGAAGACGGCGACGAAGAUGCGAUGGAGCUUUGA